UACGUACUAGGAAAUAUCCUUUACGUCGAGGGUUCCCAGCUCGGAAAGCUCCGGAUUUACGAUGCUUCUAACGGGCCAAUGUUAGCUUGUUAUGUCGACAUUACUGCAUAUUUAGAUUGUUAUCUUACUCAAUGAAAACUCACUUACAUCAAGGUACGCCAUUUUGAUACUUUGAACCGGAGAUUCGUGCCCACACGUUGGCUAAAGUUGUUAGCCACGCUAAAGUUAGCUUUGUGUGCCACCUGACAGUCCAGAUGUGACGGCUGCCACUGUCUCGAUGCUAGCUUAAGUCGGGGGCCAGCCAUCAUGUCUACGACGCUGACAGCCGAGCAGCAGCGAAUGAUUGAGGAGAACAGACGGAAAGCUUUGGAGAGGAGAGCCCAGAGGCUCGGGCAGAACCCGACAUCGGCACCGAAGCAGUUUGUUCCACCCGUCAAGAAAGAAGCACACAUCACCGAUAACCACAAUAAGGACACGCUUUUUGGCAAUGGAGACUUUACGACAACAUGGACUUCGGCCAGAGAUGACCCUCCUCCAGCCAAGCGUCAACACGUCAACCAGCCUUUGACGUGCACUGACAGCAGCACUAGCAGUACAAAGCCAGCUCAGCUCAGUUGUAAGCAGCCCUCUCCCAGCUGUGCAGCACUGGGCUCCUUCUAUAAACAACCAAACAAACCCACCUCAGACUGUACAACAUUAAAGGUCGUGCCUGCUAAGAAGCCUGCUAUAUCCACUUGGGGCAAAUGUGUGCCGCACACUGACGGACGCUUCAGGGUGGAGGUGGGGUAUCAUGCAGAGCUCAUCGCUGCUUUUAAAUCCAUCCCAUCCAAGACAUACGACCCUGCCAACAAGGCGUGGAACUUCAGCAUGGAGGACUACCAACAGCUAAUGACCCAAGUGGCGUCCAUCGCCUCGGUGUCUUUGAGGCCCCUGGAAGGGGCGGAGUCGUUGGACAUGGCGGCGGUGACCAGCCGAGCUCAAGAUGGCUCGGCGCUGACCGCUCUGCUGAAGCUGUGCAACGGCUGGCAGAAACCGGGGGCCGAGGUCCAGGGCCAGUGCGUCCUGGUGUCGCCCUCCAGAUUUGAGAUUGAUAUCGGUUACCAUGUCGACGUUAUUGCAGCAUUCAAGCAAAUGCCGACAAAAACCUACGACAUGAAAACAAGGAAGUGGAGCUUUUCACUGCAGGACUACAAGAGACUCAUGGGGCUCCUCGGUGGGAUAGCAGCCGUGGAGGUGGAGCCUCUUCCUCGGGCGGUGGUCCAGUCUUUCUCUGCCAGCUUUGAGGAGACUCAAGCCAGGAACUCGGACAUCCCUGAGGCCGACCUAUCCUGCGUCGAACCCGCGAUCACAAGCAGCCUCAUGCCCUUCCAGAUGGAAGGAGUCAAUUAUGCGGUGUCUAAACAGGGCCGCCUGCUCCUGGCUGACGACAUGGGUCUGGGGAAAACCGUGCAGGCCAUCUGCAUCGCUGCCUACUACAGGAAGGAGUGGCCCGUGCUCGUGGUGGCUCCGUCCUCUGUGCGCUUUACCUGGGCAGAGUCCUUCCGUCGCUGGCUCCCAUCGUUGAGUCCCGACAGCAUCAACGUGGUGGUGAAGGCCAAAGACAACCUGCGGGCAGGGCUGGUCAACAUCAUCAGCUACGACCUCCUCAGCAGAAUGGACAAACAACUGCCAGGGAAUCCCUUUAACGUCCUGAUCAUGGAUGAGUCUCACUUCCUAAAGAACAUAAAGACGGCUCGUUGUAAAGCUGCUUUGCCGCUAUUAAAGACAGCAAAGAGGGUCAUUCUCCUGUCGGGGACCCCUGCCAUGUCCAGACCCGCUGAGCUCUACACGCAGAUCCUAGCUGUCAGACCCACACUCUUCCCACGAUUCCACGAGUUUGGGCUGCGCUACUGCGGUGCCAAACAGCUGGCCUGGGGUUGGGACUACUCUGGCUCCUCCCAUCUCGGCGAACUAAAGCUGCUGCUGUCCGAGUGUCUGAUGCUGCGGCGCCUGAAGUCCGACGUCCUCUCCCAGCUACCCUCCAAACAACGCAAGGUUGUCACGGUGACGAUCGAUGGAAUCAGCAACCGAACCAAAGCGGCUCUGUCUGCCGCCGCCAUGGAGUUAGCCAGGGGACAUCAAAAUAAAAGGAAUGAAAAAGAAGUCCUCCUCAUUUUUUACAACCACACAGCUGAAGCCAAGUUGCAAGCCAUUACGGAGUACAUCAAAGACAUGCUCGAGUGUGGGAGGGAGAAGUUCCUUGUGUUUGCCCAUCACAAGUUAGUCUUGGAUCACAUCACUAGUGAACUAGUUAAAAAGGACGUCUCGUUCAUUCGCAUCGACGGCUCCACGCCGUCGAGUGAGCGCCAGCAUCUAUGCGACAAGUUUCAGUAUUCGGGCAAGAUGUGCGUGGCCGUCCUGUCCAUCACCGCCGCCAACAUGGGCCUGACGCUCCACGCCGCCGACCUGGUCAUCUUCGCCGAACUGUUCUGGAACCCCGGAGUUCUUAUCCAGGCUGAAGACAGGGUCCAUCGCAUCGGUCAAACCAACAACGUGAACAUUCACUAUUUGGUCGCCAAGGGAACAGUUGAUGAUCACCUGUGGCCGAUGAUCCAGGAAAAAAUGCAAGUUUUGGAGCAGGUCGGCCUGUCCGAGUCAAACCUCUCAGCCAACGCGGUGACAGCUCAGUUCCACUCGAAGGAUCCCAGUCAGAGGAGCAUCGCGGAGAUGUUCGCGAGGUCUUUCAAUGAGGAUGACGACGCGGACACAGGAGGCCAGUCAGAAGAUUCAACUUUUAUGUUAAAGGGGGAAAAAAUGUUAAUUUGACUAGUUUUCAGCACAAACCAUCAUGACAGAUAAAGACUUACAGAUGCAUCUUUUUACUCACUGGGGAAAAUACUAAAUGUGUAUAGUAAGUAAAGACUGGAUGGGAGACUGAAUACUGCAACUUGACAAUUCGUUGUCCACGUUUGCUUCUAUACGGGGAAACAUGAUCAAGAGCCAUAUUUAGGUUGUGUUCCAAUGAUGAUCAGUAUGACAACUCUGGACCUUCUUUCACUUAUUUGGGUGGACCGUGAAGAUUUGAUUCAUGUGUGUCGCCUAAGUAUGAAGGAGAAAACAAUGAGGUCAUUUUAUCAUCGUACGUUUUUGAAUACUAGCGACACUGCACACUUCAAGCAGAAUAAUAAACAUUGUUACUUGAAUACAUCUCUAACGGUGUCAAUGAAAACUGAGUAUGGUUGUCUUGUAGAAUUCUCCAUUAGUUCUCCAUUAGUUGUAUAUUCAGGGAUUUAUUAUUUAAAAUAUUAAUAAUAAUGAAUUAUUAAACAUUUUUGGUAGGUGACAUUCUGGCCACAUUUUCUGUGUUAAUUGGGUCCAAGUAAAAUUCAGUGAAAGGGUGAGGCAACUAUUUUUUUAAUUUUACCUAACAGUAAAUUAAUUAUUACAUUCAAUUGGUAUUAAAAUU